AUGUCUGCAGAGCCAGCCAUCAAUACCAAGCUCAGAAACCAAAUCAGAACAGCCUGCGAAGAGUUCAAAUUAGUCGAGGAUGGUGAUAGAAUUCUUAUUGGUUUAUCUGGUGGUAAAGAUUCACUUACUCUCACUCAUUACUUAUCAGAAUGGAUGCGUGAAAAGAACUUUUCUUUCCAAGUUGUUGCUGCUCACAUCAAAUUCAGCAACCUUCCAUACGGUAUUGAUGCUAAGUACUUAGAAGAUUUUUGCUCAUCAAGAAAAGUUGAGUAUCACCUUGUUGAAGAUCAAAUUCGUGAUGUUUAUCUUGAAAACGAACACAAGGAAACAUGCAUUCACUGUUCUCGUUUCCGCCGCGCUAAGUUGAUGGAACUUGCCCGCAAAUUCAACUGCAACAAGCUCACACUCGGUCACCACCUUGAUGAUAUCGUUGCUACACUUAUCAUGAACAUGACACAGCAUGGUCGCUUUGCUGGUAUGGCCGUCAAACUUGAUAUCACUGUCGGCGAAGAAAAAUACAACAUGACAAUGAUCAGACCACUUGCUUACACACCAGAAAUGGAUAUCAAGCAGUUCUGCGCUGAAAACGAGUUCCAGCCAGCUAAAUGCAGAUGUCCAUGGGGUGAUACAGGUGUCAGAUCCAAGACAAGACAAGCUGUCGAUGCUAUUGUUAGCAAGCUUGGUGAAGAGGCCAGACUUAACAUUUUCCGUUCUCAAUUCCACAUUAUUAAGAAGACUGCUCCAGAUGUUAGAGAAGUACAGAUUCCAAAGUCAAAGAAGAACGCUCAGAAGAAGCAGGAAAAGGCCGCUCCUGCACAGGAUAUCGAAGAUAUCGGCAAAUAA